AAAGGAGGAAAGCUAUAAAAAUGAGGGACUCAUUAGUACUUUCGAUUCCGCCGCCGGUUCCUAUCCGAUGGGAUUGAAUUGACGCACCAGAAGUUCAUUUUCUAUUCCUUGGCAGCAGGCAGACUUGUUCUCCGUCAAAGCUUACUACUACUAGCUUCUCCCGGCUUCUUUCUGAACCGGAGAACACAACGCGACGCCGGCGAUGAUAUCGACGGAGGAGGCUCUCCGGAUUGUUCUGGGAGCAGCUGAGCGUCUUACUCCUACGACGGUGCCUAUUCACGAGGCUCUAGGUAAAGUUCUAGCGGAGGACAUUCGAGCGCGCGACCCUUUGCCGCCUUAUCCUGCUUCCAUAAAGGAUGGCUAUGCCGUGAUUGCUUCAGAUGGUCCUGGGGAAUAUCCGGUGAUUGCCGAGUCGAGAGCUGGAAAUGAUGCGGUUGGUGUCACGCUUACUCCUGGGACGGUUGCUUAUGUUACAACUGGAGGACCGAUCCCCGAUGGUGCUGAUGCAGUGGUUCAGGUUGAGGACACUGAAAAAGUUGAGGAUGAUUUAGGUGGAUCAAAGCGUGUAAAGAUCUUGGUGCAGACUAAAAAGGGCAUUGACAUUCGUCCGGUGGGUUGUGAUAUAGAGAAAGAUGCCACGGUAUUAAAAUCUGGAGAAACACUCGGUGCUUCAGAAAUUGGCUUACUUGCUACUGUUGGUGUGACAAUGGUCAAGAUAUUUCCUGCUCCUACAAUUGCUGUGGUUUCUACUGGAGAUGAACUUGUGGAGCCAACAACUGGGUGUUUGAGCAGAGGCCAGAUUAGGGACUCCAACCGUUCUACCCUGCUGGUAGCUGCAGUUCAGCAGCAAUGCAAGGUUGUUGACCUUGGAAUUGCUGGGGAUGACAAAGAAGAACUUGAAAGUGUCCUGGAUAAAGCAAUUGCCUCCGGGGCGGAUAUUAUCUUAACUUCAGGAGGUGUUUCCAUGGGGGAUAAGGAUUUUGUAAAGCCAUUGCUUGUGAAAAGAGGGGUUGUUCAUUUUGACAAGGUUUGCAUGAGACCCGGGAAGCCUUUGACUUUUGCUGAAGUCUCUCCAACUGUCACUACUGCGCCCAAAAAACUUCUUGCAUUUGGAUUACCCGGAAAUCCUGUGAGCUGCCUAGUUUGCUUCCAUCUCUUUGUGGUCCCAGCGAUUCGCCGUCUUUCUGGAUGGGAAAAUCCUCACCUUUUGAGAGUGCAUGCUCGUCUUAAUCAACCUAUGAAGACCGAUCCAGUACGGCCAGAAUUUCAUCGUGCCACCAUCAAGUGGAAGACCAAUGAUGGAUCAGGGAAUCCAGGAUUUGUUGCUGAAAGCACUGGUUCCCAGAUGAGCAGCCGUCUCUUGAGCAUGAAAUCAGCUAAUGCGCUGUUGGAGUUGCCAGCAACAGGAACAUUAUUUCCUGCUGGAACUUCUGUCUCGGCCAUUGUAAUCAGUGAUUUAAGCUGUAAUGCUAUUCCUGACGGUUGCAUCUCAGUAGAUUUAGCUCCUUCCCUUCAAAGUAAACAUAGAGAAACAUUCACAGCUUCUGAGGUCAGGGUGGCUAUUCUAACAGUGAGUGAUACUGUCGCAUCAGGUGCUGGGCCUGACAGAAGCCGUGCACAUGCCUUGCCCUAUGCUGUGGGAAGACUUGCGGUCAUAUUGUACAGAGUUGAGUUGUCGAUAGUCGAUCAACUUUUAUGUGUGAUCCUAGUUUCUCAUUUUGUGAAAAUUGUGUUGAGAUCUGCAGUGGUCCUAGAGCAAUUUCGGUUGUAAAUUCCUCUUCAGAGAAGCUAGGAGGAGCUACAGUGGUAUCAACCGCUGUGGUCCCAGAUGAAGUGGGGAAAAUUAAAGAUGUUCUGCUGAAGUGGAGUGACAUUGAUCAAGUGGACCUCAUUCUUACACUGGGUGGUACUGGCUUCACCCCAAGAGAUGUGACUCCUGAGGCAACUAAAGAAGUGAUUGAGAAGGAAACGCCUGGCCUUCUGCAUGUAAUGACGCAAGAGAGUUUAAAGGUCACACCAUUUGCCAUGUUAUCACGCGCUGCAGCAGGUAUAAGGGGCACAACACUGAUAAUCAACAUGCCAGGGAACCCAAAUGCAGUUGCAGAAUGUAUUGAAGCACUGCUGCCAGUGCUGAAGCACGCUUUCAAACAGAUUCGAGGCGACAAGCGGGAGAAACAUCCAUGUCACCUCCCCCACGCCCAACAACCAUCUGACACGUGGGAACGCAGCUUCAGUGCAGCCAAUGCAGCUGCUGCUGCUGGUUCUGCUUCGGAGCCUCCUGCUAGUUGCUCUUGCUCGCAUUGAGGAAGUCCCUCCCAUCCCCAAGUUGAUGUGUGUGGUUUGUGUUUUGUGCUAUGAAUGUAAUAUAGAAAUAGAAUGGUCACCUUGGCCAGGAGGGAGAGUAAUCUAUUUACUGGGAUUUUAAAGCUGUGCAUUUUGAAAGUCGAUGCAUUCUGAAAUCCACUUACUUGGACCUAAUAAUUAUUCACAAUGUUGAUUUAUUUGUAUUUGAAUGAUGAUUUUGCUUUCUAAGCAUGAAUGGAUAGAGACAUUAGCACUCACCAACUACUUGACUUUUGUUAGAGGCUUUCACAUGACA